CCCGUCAACAGAAUCAGAAUCGUCUUUAUUUUGCUAAGUAUGUUCCCCCCCCCCAAAAAAAAACACACGAGGAAUUUGUCUCCGGUAGUUGGAGCCGCUCUAGUGCGACAACAGACAGUCAAUUGACAGAGAACCCUUUUGAGACAUAAAGACAUUGAGAAAAACAGUCACUGAGCAAUAAAGGCUUGCUAGUUAUCUGGUAAUGCCGGUACAAUUCUUAUAAAAAAUUUUUUUGACAAUUGUGCAAAAAGAUGCAGAGUCGUCUAGCACUUAGAGCAGUUUGAAAGACUAAUAUAGCAGUAGUCCGGUGCAAUGAGCAUUGUGCAAAGGGCGCCGAGACUUCAAGGAGUGUAUGCGGUUUAAAAUGACGAGUAGCGCGAUAACCUGGAACAAUGUUGAUUGUGCAAAUGUUGCAGAUACUCCUCAGUCAUUGUGCAAAUGGGGCAGAUGCUACUCUGGCACGAGUGGCCAGUAUUGGUCAACAUCAGAUAUGCAAAUAGCGCAGCGUGGCGAGACUACUACAGUGAGUGCACGAAUAUGUAUAAUUGGCCUGACAGAAAUGUGACAACAAACUCAAGACAAAAAAAUUGGCAGCAUGUUGCAAUGGAAUUGUAGGUUAGCUGUUUAAGAAGUUGAUGGCAAGAGGGAAGAAGCAGUUGGAAUGCCUGCUGGUUCUAGUUUGCAUUGAUCGGUAGCGCCUACCUGAGGGAAGGAGCCGGAAGAGCCGGUGACCGGGAUGUGGAGGGCCCGAGAGGAUUUUGCACGCUCUUGUCUUAGCAAGUCCUCAUGGGUGGGUAGGGGGGUACCGACAAUCUUUUCAGCAGUUUUGAUAGUCCGUCGCAGUCGGAGUUUGUCCUUUUUUGUAGCAGCAAAUGAGGCAUACGCAUUUCCAAAAUGUCAUCGUGAAAAAAUACUCCUCGUCCCAUUCCGUAUGAAAGUGAUGUCAUGCGAUCUACCAAUACUACGAUCGACGCAAUUGAGCACCCCUGGUGUAGAGAGAGAAGAGCAGCGGGGAGAGGACAGAACCUUGGGGUGUCCCAGUGCUGAUGCUGUGUGUGGAUGAGGUGGCCUCCCCCAGCCUCACCUGCUGUGUCCUGCCUAUCAGCGAGACGCUGAGUUACCCGAUGAUAGCCGGCCGGGAUAGGCUGCAGCGCGCCCGCGACCCUCGUGAGGAGAAGCGGCUCAGAAAAUGGAUGGAUGGAUGAAUUGGUUCCAGGCGGAAAGUGUAAGGUACAGGCAAUGUUUUCAGUUACCUUUUAACAUUCUUAACUGUCGUUCAAGUUUCAAGAAGAAAUUACAGUAAAAUCAAACAAAAUGAAACUACUCACCCUUUGAAGACGCGUAAUGCAGAGGAAAGGGUGGAAUAACUAUUUCAUGGUGGCGUUUGCUUCGUAAAAUUGUGAACAGUACAAAAUGUGCCUAUUUACUGAUUUUCUUUAAGGGGAGGGAACCAGUCCUCCAUUAUUGACUUUUUUUUGGUGCUUUUAAUAUAAAAAUAUUGCUUUGGUGCCAAGAAACUACACUUUGUUGAAGUGAGGGGAGGAGUUUCAUUUAACCAUGCCAUAGCCUUGUCUAUGGCAUGGUUUUCCACCAUAUCGUAAUUUAUGGAGACGCGCCGAUAUUUGAUUUUGAAUUGAAUUGAAUGUUGGUGUCUGAGCCGUGCGCACAUCAAUCUCCUCAAGUGUUCUAAUGACAAUUCCCACAAGCGUUCCAUUAGUCAAGCCGGAGGAAUCGAACACCGGUACUUGUUGUUGAUUGCGUUGGCGUGCAAAUUGUCGUCACCCCCCCACCCCCCAUCACCCUGAGUGACGCAAAGGAGCGAGACAAUUAGUAGCACAACGACACAUGUUGCAACUCAUCGGGGACAUGGAGAACCUGUUGUUGUUAUUCAUUUUCAUCCCGAGGUUGUCAUUGAUUCAAUUCCUAAUUGUUUCAUGUUCACGCUUUCAAUGUUUGCUUUGCCGAGACAUUGGUUUCUCCGGGGAGAGUUGUUAUGGCCACUUAUGUGUGUUGGUGUUUUACCUGUAUAGAGACCUCAUUAAAAUGGCAAGUUCAAGCAUGUUCUGCGAUAUUUCUUUGGAACGCAAAGUGGCACGUUUUGUUUUUUUUGGGCAACUUUGAAAUAAGCUGGAUAAGGAAGAAACACUGAAUUUAUUAAACACUGCCGUCUUUCAACAUACAUUGCUGCUCAAGUUAUUUAUAAGCAUUUGUGCAUUAUAGCAUUUAUGCAACACAUUUAUAGAACAGUACUGUUUGGGCAAAAGACAAAAAUACAUUUAGAUUCUAUUCCACUUGUUUAUAUCUAUACGGUGUAGCCAAGUGGCAUAAUGCAACCUUGAGCAGAAGUAUUCGAGAUUUCAAGAUUCAUGUUUCCUUAGCAACAAACAAAUAAUUACAAAUGUAUAGAAAAUGUAGAAUGUGUUGUAUUAACAUCUUGAUUCAGUCAAUGAUGCGCUUUGACUCCUUUUUGGUUUGUAACCAAGUAUUUUAAUUCCAGGUGAUAGGUCCAAUCACCUUGCUUUGUGGAAAAUAAUCAUUUUUAUAAUAUAUAUUUUUUUUUGGUUUGUUUUUAGUGCUGAUUUAUAAGUUGGUUGGUCGGUCUGCGGUCUCGAGGCCAACAAAGUCAAAGCAGCCAAGAUCUCUUCAUGUUGGGGACUUUGAUUGACAAGUCAAAUGAAACAUUAGACGUUUGCAGUCGCAAACCGACGCUGGAAAAAUUCAGCUGGUCCAUUUCCGCCGUACUGUACUUUCAGAACAAUGAACAAAAUGUCAUGUAUAUUCAAUGAAAGACGUUAUAUCACAAAGAGCUCAAUGUAAUCGAACAGCUCACCUCAACAGUUCAGCCUAAAACUAUUGACCUUUUGUUAACGCAUAAUCACACUUAACACCGUCUUUGUCUCCAAAGUGUUCUCUGUCAAUGGACCGUCUGUUGUCGUACUCGAGCGGCUCCAACUACCGGAGACAAAUUCCGUGUGUGUUUGGACAUACUUGGCAAAUAAAGAUGAUUCUGAUUCUGAUUCUGAUUCUGAUAGCUGACAACAUUUGAAGUGAUUAUUCAAACUAUUCAGGCUUGACUCAAGCUGCCCUCAAGCAACCCUUAGCUUAACCAUCUAGAACUUGCCAGCACACAAAAGUUAGUCUGGUCAUUAUGAAGUUUACUUUCCAUUAAACAAACAACAAAGUUGAAGUUUGUUAGGUGCUCAAAUCAACGGCCUGCCAGCUGCCGUUUGUUUGUUUGUUGCUUAUUUCGUUUUUCAGGAUUACGCAAAUGUCCUUGCCCUCAACACGCCUUCACGGCGAUCUCCUAAAGUGUUGCAAUGACGACUCCCACAAAAGAUGUUCGUCGGACACGAGGCUCGCACAUGCACGCUGUUCCCGUUUCCAGACGUGUUGAUUGAAGCAGACGAGCGAGACAAUUAGCGCGAUAACAACUCAUGUCGCUACUCGUUGGGGGACAAACUGUUAGUUAUUGUUUUUCAUUUCAACCUUUGGUUAACGCAUAAUCACACUUAACACUACGAGGUCAUCAAGUUCCCACUGCUGAUCAUUUGUAAUGUUGUUUUUUUUUUCUUUCAGAGAGGCUUCUUUUCACUCGGGAGAGGGUUGUGUUAUUUUCUACGUGUGUGUGUGUGUGUGUGUGUUUACAUGUUCAUUAAAAUGGCAAGUUCAAGCACGUCCUUCUCAGCGGACUGCAUCAUGUGCUCAAGUGCAACAUUUGCCAUCAAGGCUUUUUUGAUGGAUGUAAAGAUGGAAAUCAUUAGUCGAGAAUGUGAAAAAAUGAAAUCAAACUCUUGCUUGACCAAACAGCAACCACUAGGUUGUUUUACCACUUCCACGAUCAAAUGAGAUCCAACACAAGAUGUUCAAAAAGCUGUCUUUACAAAUAUGAUGACAUUUAAAAAAAUAAAAAUAAAAAUACAAAAAUCGGCCUUCCUUGAACAAAAUUAGUUUGGUGGUUAUAGUUUGCAAUGGCGUAGAACGGCAUGCAUGAGAAUUGUUUCUAAUAUUUUACCUCAUUUUAUACAAGUGUUAGAAUUACAACUUGAAUCAUAUUCUAUUUGUUUUUUCCAAAGUUAAGACGUCUGCUAUCAAUUUUAAGGCCCCUGAUUGACUUCAUUUGAUAUUUUGGGGCUGUUUUGCACAGGGUGUCUUGAAUCUGUGCGUUGAUGUGUUGACAGCCAGCAGUGCCCAUCAAAGUCUGACAUCGGUGACAUGACGCCACUGAUCAAACCAGAACUUCAUAAACGUUAGCGCCUGUGUAAUGUCAUCUUCCAAAACUGUUUUUGAAAGGCGCAACAGAUCCAAAAAUGUGCGAACAUAAGUGGAAACGAAUCACUUAUCGACUGUUAGCGAUCGAUUCGAACAAAACAAGCCUACACAAAUGUAUCGAACAUCACUAUUUUCACUCGAUAUUGUCCCCCCAAAAAUUCAAUAAAUCCAAAUCCAAAUCCAGGCUUUGAAUAUAGGCAACAAUUAUUCCCAAUGCCAACCAAGGACGUUGUGAACUAGUUUCGGGGAAAUCAGGUCUGCUUCUGGCGCUUAGGCCACAGCUCAAGUAGGGUUUCGACCAAAAUGUGGGUGGGCAAAGACCUGUUCAAAACCAUCAGAAAAUGAGCCGAAAAUAAAUACUGGGGGGGGGGGGGGGGGGAAUUCUUCCAGCAGACAAUAUUUUUAAGUACAAAACUAUGGAAUAAGUGCCAAUGUUCACAGCAUUAGAGGGAACCUUUUGGUCUCAAGUCUCAUUCAGAGAUGCAGAAAUUGUAUUGCAACAUGUUUUGUUCGAAUAGGUGCGUAGUUGGAACUUUGACUCUGCAUCACGAUCACGGGUGUGUCAACAAAUGCACUGCGAUGGCACCUGUGAUGGGACGGAAGCGGUCAUCUGGAUUGAUCUCCGGUAAUUGGAGUCGAGAGCGCUACGUGUCAAUGGAGCAAACGAGAGUGCUUUGGUACGCUCUAGCUUCGCGCAGGUAUAAGAAGACAAGCAGAGCGAGUCUUCGAGGAGAGGCGGCGGUGGGGGGGGACGCACACACACACACACACACACACCGGGAUCCACGUCGGACCUCCUCAUCACUGCCGGGUUUGCCAGCGGAUGCGUGAGCGUGAGUAGUUCCAGCACAAGUCAUCGAAUCCCAUCGCCUAUAUGAAUAAAGAAAAGCCUGGCCAUUUCCUGAAGGCAUGGCGUCAGAGGAGCUGGUCCGCGGGAUGCUGUACCUGUCCCUGACCGUGGCGGGCGUCCCCGGCAACCUGGCGGUGAUCCUGGCCUUCCUGUCGCUACUCUACCAGGACAAGCGUCUGCUGGUGGCCGACGUCAUCGUGCUUCACCUGGCGUGCGUCAACCUGACCGCGGUGGCCGUGCGCUGCCUUCCGGAGACCCUGGCGUCCUUCCGCCUCGCCCGCAUCUUCGACGAUGCCGGCUGCAAAGGCGUCAUCUUCGUCUACCGCAUGUCGCGCUCCCUCUCCAUCUGGCUCACCUUCGUCCUGAGCGCCUACCGGUGCCUGAGCGUCGCCCCCCCCGGCUCGCGCCGGGCCUCCGUCCGGACUUUGGCGGCCCGCUACUUGGGCCCGGUGUUCCUCGUCCUCUGGCUGGUCAACGCGUGCAUGACCUCGGCCGCCGUUCUCUUCUCCUUCGGGGCCGGGAACGCGUCGGCCAGCCACAGCAUCAACGUGGAGUUCUGCUUCGUAAACUUCCCCUCCGAGCUCUCCAAGGAGGCCAACGGGGCGGCGCAGGUGGGCAGAGACGUGGUGCCCAUGGCCCUCAUGGCCCUCGCCAGCCUCGUCAUCCUGCUCUUCCUCUACAAGCGCAGCCGGCAGGCGAGGGGCCGACGCGGCGGCGGAUCGGAGCGCAGGGCGGCCAAAGCCGUGGUUACCCUCGUGACCUUGUACGUGGUCCUCUACGGGGUGGACAACGGGCUUUGGGUGUACACGCUCACCGUGAAGAAGACCAUGAGUAGCUCGCUGGUGUCGGACCUGCGCGUAUUCUUCUCAUCGCUCUACGCCGCGCUCAGCCCGCUCGUGGUCAUCGCGUCCAACAGGAAGGUGAGCGGCAGGCUCGGCUGUGCCGUGAAGGUCCGAGUCGGCGAGGAACGAGCUGCGACUCUCUCCAGCAUUUGAGGAACAGCUACUUUUCUCGAAAACAAAACUAAACUUUAUUCUCAUAGUUGUGGGAUUUUGAAUCGAUUUUUUUGCAAAAUAAUACAAUAUUUUGUUGGGGAAAAAUAGGACAUUUUGUGAAAUAUGACUUCACUCGAAAUUAUAUAUCAUUAUUAUAUAGUAUAUAAUUGACUUGAAUCUGAAAAUAAAAGACUUUUUUUCUCAAAUUUUUACAAAAUUCAACUUUUUAAAAUAGCAUGACGGUAAUCUUGUAAUAUUACGAGUUUAAUCGAGAAAACAUGCGCCUUUUUGUCUCCAGUGUGCAACAUUUUGUUUCUAGAAAAUCUAAUUUAAAAAAAACAAAAAAGUCCGACAAAACUAAUCGUGUUUUUCCUCAUUAUUGUACAACUUUUUGUUGGAGACCCCAAACACACUUUUUUCACGAUAACUUUCCUCUCAUAAUACUAUAAUUUUAAUCUGAAAAAAAAAAUUAAAAAAAAUCAGGUCUGAUACAUUUUUCUCUCCAAAUGAUGUAACUUUCUCAUUUUAGCUGUGUUUUUUUUUCUCAAAAAGGAUGACCUUAUUCUUGCAAAUGGCAACUUUAAUCUGGAAAAUGCAUGUCAUUUUCUUUGAAAAGUGUAACAAAACAUUUUUCCUCGAAAUUAUUCAACCAUUUUGAAGUUCUGGGUCUGUGCAAUCUGAUUUAUGACCAGCAGGAGGCAACAACCCACAAGACAUUAAACGUCACUCGUGCAAUGCGCUGAUGUUCUCACUUGCGACAAUAAACAAAAUGAUGGUCAAGUUUGGAAUAAAAUAGACAAUAAUGGAGGGUAAUCAUGCGUCCUCAUUUUUUUAUGAAGCUAAUUUGUUUUGUCAUGUUUUUUUUUUGUGCUCCCUGC